GGGAACGGGAGGGCGGCGAGGAGUGCGCCGGCGCGUCGUCGGGGACGCCGGGUCCGGGAUCUUGCUAGGGAACCGGUGUUGUCGCCCCGCCCCUCGUGGCUUUAGGUCCCGUUAACUGUCGGCGGGACUGGCGCCGCAGCGCAGGGCGACAUGCCGGUGCGCUUCAAGGGGCUGAGUGAAUACCAGAGAAGCUUUCUGUGGAAGAAGUCGUAUUUGUCAGAGUCCUACAACCCCUCAGUGGGGCGGAAGUACUCAUGGGCCGGACUUAGAUCGGAUCAGUUAGGGAUCACGAAAGAGCCAAGUUUUAUUUCAAAAAGGAGGGUUCCUUACCAUGACCCUCAGAUUUCAAAAUCGCUGAAGUGGAAUGGAGCCAUCACAGAGGACGAUACGGUUGUCCCGCCUGAGCCCCAGACCCUGCCAACACAAAGUCUACAGGAGGCAGAGCCAAAGGAAGAUGCUAACCAAGAAACAGCUCCCUCGUUAGAGGCUUCCAGGGUUCCCAAGAGAACUCGAUCUCAUUCUGCAGACUCCAGAGCUGAAGGGGCUUCAGAUGCUGUGGAAAAGCACCAGGAUGUAACAAGAAACCAUGUACUGGAUCCCAAAGAAGCGGAGUUGGAAGCUUCUACCAAACCUCUUGCAGAGCGUGUAGACCCCAGGUUGGAUAGGCGUCUUCGUAAGAAAGCUGGAUUGGCUGUUGUUCCAUCGUACAAUGCCUUGAGACAUUCUGAAUACCAAAGGCAGUUUGUCUGGAAGACCCGUAAAGAGGCUGCUCCUGUGUCUGCAGCCAGUCAGGUUUUCCGUAAUAGAAGCCAAAUUGUUCCACAAUUCAAAGGGAAUACAAUCGUCCAUGAGUCUGAAUACAAGCGGAAUUUCAAGGGUUUGUCUCCAGUGAAGCAACCGAAGCUAAGGGAGGGUUUGAAAGGGAACAGUGGCCUUAAGACAUUGUCUCCAGAGAAGAAGGCAGACGAGCCUUUAGAAUUAGAAGUAGAGAUGGCAUCAGAAGACACAGACCAGCCUAAAAAGAAGCUCGCUCCGUGGAGACACCAAAGGCUUGGCAAGGUGAAUUCUGAAUAUAGAGCCAAGUUUCUGAGCCCAGCCCAGUAUUUAUAUAAAGCUGGAGCUUGGACACGCGUGAAGGAGAACAUGCCAGACCAGGCAGUACAGGCAUCUCUCACAAUGGCUGGCUGGCAAGGUUCUCUAAAUGCCAUGUGGUAUGCAGAGGUUAAGGAGCUCCGGGAAAAGGCUGAAUCUUACAGGAAGCGAGUUCAGGGAACACAUUUUUCUCGAGACCAUCUGAACCAGAUUCUGUCCGAUAGCAACUGCUGUUGGGACGUCUCCUCCACCGCGAGCUCAGAAGGAACCAUUAGUAGCAGCAUCCGAGCAUUGGAUCUUGCCGGCGGUCUCACAGGCCACCAGACUCCCCAGAAACAUCCUUCUACCAAACUUGAGGAGAGAAAAGCUGCCGUGGGAGAGCAGUCCCCCAGAGAUACCACUGGGAAGCUCGCCCUGCCAGAGGCGGCCACCCUGCCCGUCAGGAGGAAACUGGCGUGGGAUACAGAGAGCACCAACGAAGACACGCAGGAGCAGCCCACGGGAGACGGGGAGGAGGGAGAGGGGAAAGACAAGCAGAUCUAUGUGGACGAGCCUGAGAAACUGGACACACAGGACAAGUCUAAGGCAGACAGAGUGAAAGACAGGUCGGAGUCAUCUUCUGUCUCCUCAGGAAAUGGGGGAAGGCUUCCCACUCCGAAACUGAGAGAACUCGGCAUCCAGCGGACCCACCAUGACCUCACGACUCCGGCUGUUGGUGGGGCGGUCUUAGUGUCACCAUCUAAAGCAAAGCCUUCAGCCCCAGAGCAGAGGAAGAGAACGUCCUCCCAGGAUGGCUUAGACACUCUGAAGAGGGACCUUCCUAAGAAAGGAAACCACCAUGCUGUGUCUCUGCUGACGUCUCCUGCUGCUGGCAUCAAGACAGUCGAUCCCCUGCCUUUGCGGGAGGACAGUGAAGCCAAAGUUCCAGAACAUCAGACAGACACGCCUGGACGGCCUUCCACUCCAGGUGUCCUACCUUACUGGCGUCCUUCCAGCAGGAUCCAAGGCCGUCUGCGAGACCCUCAAUUUCAGCAGAAUGUGGGAAAGCCAAGGAUGAACAAUUUGCAGUUACCUCCACAUGAAGUCUUUAAUGACGAAGACGCAGACAGACUGUCUGAGAUCUCCGCCCGCUCUGCCGCGUCCAGUCUCCAGGCUUUUCAGACUCUAGCGCGAGCCCAGAAAAGAAAGGAGAAUUUCUGGGGCAAAGCAUAAACCCGCUCUUCUUAUCUGGAGAUGUACCGGCAUCAUCUUUCCUUCCUGCUCACUGUGUUAGGAUUUUCAGAGUGUUUUAUUUCCUUCUGACACUUCCAACUUACAUUAUUUGAUUUUUAAGUAGCUCAUCUUACCCAGAAAAUUUUAAAGCAGGUGUAUCUAAAUUUAACUCUUUGAGAAUUCUUUCCUGUUUAUCUAAAUACGAAGACAUAGAUCAUGUAGUUCUUCACACCUUCUGUCUUUUAUGUCAUGUGUCGGGUGCCUGGUAGAAGUGUGAAUAUCACUUCUCCAGUGGAAUGGAGGCAAAUAUUCACAUGCUUAUAGUUCUUUACAGCUUUAUAACAACAUAAGAUCACUGACAAUUUAGUGUAAACCACUCCAAGUUUCAUCAGACUUUACAACUUUACAACUUGUUUUCUAAUCCACAGGCAUUGAUAAUUCUGAAUACUUUAUCACACUACUCUAUUGUCAACUUUGCCACUGUGACAAAAAGGAGAAAACACUGGUUUUGACUCAGUUACAGUUGGUGGUAGGCUGGCUCUUCUGCUUUGGACCCACAGCAAGACAGCAUCACGGAAGUGCAGGCGUGAUGGAGCCAAGAACUCACCUCACGGCAGCCAGGAAGCACAGACUAUGAAAGCCGGCAGCUGCGUAUCAGAACAUGGUCAAAAGAACACACAAUGAACAAUGCCCGGGGGCUGAACUGUGGAGAGGCUCCAGAAAGGCAGAAGGUCUUUACCUCAGGCACAUCUUGUUGCCAGGUUUGUUCUUGGAUGUGAUUUCAUGCCACCCAUGUUAAACAUUUACAUUUGAUUUAUAAGACAUGUUUAUUCUUGUUGGAUGUUGAAUCAUAGCUAUGGGACCCAAUCUGGUGCAGGGCCCCAGUGUACCCUGGAUCUGGGUAUGACCUCUGCCUUGCUUCUGUGCUUUCCCAGAUACACCUGUAGUGUGUGCCAGGCUAUCCUGUUUGAGUUGCUCUAUUCUGGGAAAGAGCUUUUCUGUUCACAUUUAAUGUGUGUUUUCUGGAGUUUAUUUACAUGUCUUUCUGAACUCAAACAACCUUCCUUGGGCAUUGCUUUGUUAGUUACAUCCAUGUAUACAAGAACACGAAGCUGACAAUGUUUGCAGUAUUAGACUGUAGUCAGCCUCAUUCUACAAGGUCUCCAAAUCCCAGGUCUCCCACCCAGAACUGCAUAGGUCGUCAAAGGUUGAUGCCUGGGACAAAAUACACCCUUCAAAGACAAAUCCCAGUGAGCUGAUUCUUCAACUAGGCCCGACCUGCUGGAGUCUCCAUCAUCUCCCAACAGUGCCAUCAAAUGGGCUCCGAACUUCCAAACACGUCAUUUGGGGGAUGUAACUGCAAGAUGGCACAUGCCUGUAAUUCCAACACUGAAGAAGCGUACACAGGAGGAUCAUAAGUUUGAGGCCAGCCUUAUAAACUAGAGAGAUCCUCUCUUGAUAAGCAAAUGAAGAAAACAAAAGACCCAAACUAUAACAUGUAGCUUACACAUACUAUUUUAGAGAUUUGUAUAACAUGUUUAUAAAGCCCAUUCUUAUUAGAAACUUAAAUCUAUACUGACUUGUAAACAGCUGUUAAAUGUCCUAGAAGUGAAAAACAGAAUCACAAAGUUGAUGAGAAAUUGUUUUUAAUGAAUAUACUUUUAAAAUCCUGUAUUUGUGCAAAAAAAAAAAAUACUGCAGACUGUCCCACUGCAUUUGACAGCUGCAAAUAUAGUGUAAUCUUUAGUUAACCAGUUCUAGGAGAAUGCUUUUAGAAGGCAUUUAUUCCACAUGAUAACCUUUUGGAGAAGCUAACCACAAUUAAUUUUCAUUUUUAAAUGUCUACAAAGUUUUAAUUCUCCAUUACACAAAUAAUUCCUCAAAAUCUAGUCAUUAUUCAAAUGUAUGUCAGUUAUUGUACAUAAAGAAUACACAAAAAGAUCAAAAAUAUACAUAUUCUCUCAGCAAAUUGUUACAUAAAUAAGAAAAUAUAUACAGCCAGAUUUUCAAAGUACAAUUCUCCUAACACUGUACAGAAGGUGCUAGUGAAAGUCAAAGGAAUGGCAGAUUCCUUUCAUGACAUCUACGGCUAUAAAAAUGCUAAAACCAUUCUGAGAGGGAAUAUAAUUUGGGAGAUCUUAAUUUUGACUUAAUUUUAUCCCUUUAGAAUAUUCUCUGAACUGACUUCUGAAAGAACUGGUCAUGAAAAUUUCCUGAGCCACUAAAUACAGAAGGAAUAAAGACGGGGAAUCUGGCCCAACCUGGCUUUCAGUGCACAGGGUACAUCUGUGCAAGUGGUCUCUGAGGCUUGUGGACUCUUAGUUUGAAACUCACUGUCGCUGGAAGCUCAAAGGUGUUUAUUUUCCUCCUCAAAGGUUGCUUCAUUUUGUUGGUUAGGAAGGUUCCCAGUGACUGAGAGCGGAUGUGUAGCCAGUACAGACUAAUAUUUGGUUACACCCAUUACAGUGAAUGAGCUAUCAGGUUAGGGACGGUUCUCACAGGCCUAGAUCAUGACACUGUGAUGCUUUGGAUCUGCAGUCUAUUACUCGCUCCCUUUAUCUCAAAAGCCUGACCUGCAGCCCCAGGGAGACAAUUUUUGGACAUCAUUGCUUCAGCACUAGAGUCAGUGCUUGAAGGGCACGCAUUUGAAUUGACUGUGUAGUCUUAAUAAGAGACCAUGAAGUUUCCCAGUACUGAGAAGGAGCCAUGGCUGGGAAUUCAUUUUCAAUAGAUUUUAUUUAGGUCUACUUUAAUAAACUGAUACUGUUAUGUCUCGUAGAGUUUGGACAGGUAAACACACCUGAAAACAGUGCAGCCAUCAAGAUGUAUUUCUAACCUGUGUGUCUUGAUGUUUCUUUUCUCAAGUCUGUUCAUAGCAGAAUGGUGGCCAUGAAUCUUGAGUCCAGAAAAAUGUUAGUCUGGUUUUCUCUUGUAUUUUUGAGAUCAUUCAUGUUUUGGUGUGCAUGUUUUUUCUAAUUUAUUCACCUUCUGUCAAACUUUGGAUUUCUUGCAGUUUGAGGCUAGACUAAAUACAUUUGCUAUUCACAUCGUGA